ACUUAAGUCACCACUUCGGUCUUUUAUUCGACUCAAUGUAUCUUAAAAGCUUUCAAGUACUUUUCUAUUUCUCAACGCAGCGUUUACUCAAAUAGAUGUUAUUCACUACCGGCUUAUCUGUUUACAAUUAUGAACAAACAUUUUAUCAGGCGGUAAAAUAAAAGUUGAGAAAUGAAUGACAAGUUUUAGUUUUUUUACGAAAUCUGUGAAUAACGACGGGAGCAACCGAAUUAACAAAGUUUUGCCGAUACAUUAACGAUAACCAUGUAUAAAUUCUACGAUUUGUUAUUCGUAUAGAGUAAGAUUCGAAUUUUUGAAAAAAGUCUAAGAUCGUUUAUCUAUGUGUAUAUAAUAUAUAUAAAUAUUUAUGUAAACGUUCAAUCUUUUUUAAGGAAGUUUAAAUAAAGAAAAAUGUCUUUAACGAUGUUUCUCUUUGCGACUACGCAAAAACUUAUCACCACCUAGUUCAAGACUCUCGAUAACCGAGAGGCAUAAACAAACAAAUUCGCGCACACGUCGUUGCGGUUCAAAAAUCCUCCAAAAACCCGGCGGAUUGUCCCGUGCUCAAUUUUCGUCCAUCUUCCCCACCCUCAGCCCUCAAAGUGCCUGCGGCAAGCAAGUUUUAAAAACAGUGCGCGUCUGAUAGCCGAGCGGUUACGUGAUAUGUUCACCAUUAAAGUGUCGUGAUAUCUCAAUGGGAUUUGUCUCAAAAUAUGUGUAAUGCAACUCAAAAUAUCAUCUACCCGCGCGAGGCGACGAUUUUCGCAUCGAUUUGUGCCAUCCUGUUCUGCAUUGUUGGUGUCGUCGGUAACUUUGUCACAGUUUUGGCACUAAUCAGGUGCCCAAAAUUGCGUACACAUGCGACGACGGCGUUCGUUUUGUCACUUUGUCUCUCGGAUCUUCUCUUCUGUUCUGUGAAUCUUCCGUUGACGGCUUCGAGGUACAUCCACGAGGCCUGGACCCUCGGAGAUGCUCUCUGUGUGCUUUUCCCGGUGCUUUUUUACGGAAAUGUUGCCGUUUCGCUGCUCAAUAUGGUGGCGAUAACAUUAAACAGGUACGUCCUUAUAUCGUACCAUCAAUAUUACAACCAAUUGUACUCGAAAACCUCCAUAUGGUUGCAGCUGCUUUGUACAUGGGGUUUCGCUUUCUUAAUAAUGCUGCCGUCGCUUUUAGGUGUGUGGGGACAGCUGGGGCUUAAUCCGUCGACGUUUUCUUGUACGAUUUUGGAGAAAGACGGGAAAUCACCAAAGAAAAUUCUCUUCUUGAUAGCGUUCGUGCUACCGUGUGUGGUUAUAAUCACGUCGUAUUCCUGCAUAUUUUGGCGGGUGCAAAGAUCACGGAACAAACUCAAAGCGCAUCAGCUCGCGACAAAAAAAGAAAAAAGGAGCAGCCGAAGAGAAAGAGAUGACAGUAGGCUCACGAAGCUCAUGUUGAUUAUAUUUAUUUGUUUCGUUUUAUGUUUUUUGCCGUUAAUGUUAGUUAAUGUUUUUGAUGACGAAGUAGAGUAUCCAGUUCUGCACGUAUUGGCAUCUAUUUUAGCUUGGGCUUCUAGUGUUAUAAAUCCGUUUAUAUAUGCAGCUAGUAAUAGACAGUACAGAUCAGCAUAUUCGAAACUCUUCAGAAUUGUUAGAUCAAGUGUCGUUUUUUCGGAAUCUAAGCAGCUGUCGAAUAACUCUCUCAAAUCGAGAGACCGAAAUGGACAGUCUGUCAACUUCAAGCCCAACGCUGGUUCCUCAUAACCCUUUGUUUUCUCAAAUUCUUGCCACUCAGUCAUUCCUUACAAAACGGAACAUUUGCCAAAUAUUUGAAAGACUGACAAGAUAUAAGUUAGUAGUUCUGAAGCACCUUGUAAUUUUUGUCACAAAAGCAGUAUUACCCUUUCCAAAAAUACAUAGUGAUAUAUAAUACUAUCGAACUUUUGUGAUAUUCCUAGAUGCGUUAGGUCAAUAGUUCAACUCAAGAUAUUAUUUUAUAUUUAUUGUUUACAAAUAGUUUUGGAAUUUUCAUAUUCUGACUGAAUUUAAAGUUCAAUUUGUACAUAUGUAUACAGAUUAAUAUAAAAUACAUUUUUUAAGCCUCAA